UAAAUGCACCUCCGGCGUCAUGUUGAAAGCAACAGCAGACCUCUGGUGAGACUUGUACUCUGGUACAGGGCAGCCUGAUCCGAAGUACUUUAUUCACUACCCAUCAAAACACAGGCAACACAGGAGGUACAGACAGACAGAGAGUACAGCAUCGACUCGCUGGGCUGUGAAGGUACUAGUACAGCCUGCCUCUACCUGCCCUCAGCUGCAUGGCGGUGCCAUUAAGACUGCUGGUUCUAUGCUGGGUGUUAGGAGCAGGGCGUAGUCAGAGCUCUCCACCAUGGUUCCAGAACAUCACUACCAACCUGUUUAACUCUUCUGGAGACAUCCUCCUCGGGGGGCUCUUCCCCAUCAACGAGCUCACCAGCAACCUGAGCCACAGAGUGAAGCCGGACAACAUUAGCUGUGACAGGAUUAAUGAGCAUGGGCUAGGUAUGGCCCUGGUGAUGAAGUACACAGUGGAUGAGAUCAACGCCAACUCCACCCUACUCCCUGGCAUCAGGCUGGGCUAUGAGAUCUUCGACACCUGCAAGCAGUCUGCCGUCAUCGUGAAGCCCACACUCCUCUUCCUCACUGAGGACUCCACCCGAGAGCUGGCCGUCAUGUGUAACUACACAGACUAUGUGACCCGUGUGGCGGCUGUCAUCGGCCCAUCCACCUCAGAGAUGGUCUCAGUCAUAGGAAAACUAUUGGGAUUCUUCCUCAUGCCACAGAUCAGCUACCUCGCAACUAGUGACAUGUUCAGUGACAAGAGUAUGUACCCAUCGUUCCUGCGCACCGUGCCCAGUGACAAGAGGCAGGUGGAGGCCAUGGUGUAUCUGCUGAACAGGUUCCAGUGGAACUGGGUGGCCGUGGUGGGCAGUGAGGAUGAGUACGGACGCCAGGGCCAGCGCCAGUUCUCCACCCUGGCAGCAAGGAGCUCCAUCUGUGUGGGCUACGAGGGGUUAAUCCCUUUGUACCGUGACCCACAGCCAGUGGUCAGAGAGAUCCUGGACCGCAUCGCAGAGGCCAAGGUGGGAGUGGUGGUGGUCUUUUCCCUCUCCCAGCCUGCCAGAGCCUUCUUCACUGAGGUGAUCAGGAGGAAUCUGACAGGUGUGUGGGUGGCCAGCGAUGCGUGGGCCCUGCACAGAGACGUAUCAACUCUCCCAAACAUCCACACUGUGGGCACUAUCAUUGCCUUCGCAGUCCAGAGCCAGACCCUGGCCCUGCUCACACCCUACACCAGUGAACUCUUCUCCAGGAUCAGAGAGGAGAGGGCCAGGCAGCCCUCACCAGAUACAGAGUCAACCCGUGGUAUGAACCAGUGCCCAGACUGCUGGAACCUGUCCCCAGACAACGUACGUCUAGUGACAGAGCCCACACUGCUAAGGUCAGCUUUCAGUGUCUAUGCUGCCAUCUACAGCGUUGCACACGCACUGCACAAUCUGCUCGGGUGCAAUGCCAACAGUUGCCCGAGGGGCGCUAAAAUCAAAGUCUAUCCCUGGCAGCUGUUGGAGGUGCUGAAGAAGGUAAAUUUCAGUCUAAAUGGAAGUCAUUUUGAGUUUGACAGUAAUGGAAACCCAAACAUUGGCUACAACGUACUCCAGUGGGUCUGGAGAAACAACAGUCUGAGCUUCAAAGAUGUCGGCAUGUUCUAUAAGAACCUGUCAAUUAACAACACCCUCAUCCAAUGGCAUACAGGCAGUACUAAGGCCCCUGAGUCUACCUGUUCCUCUGAGUGUGGCCCUGGCCAGGUGCGCAGAGUGAAAGGCUUCCAUUCCUGCUGCUAUGACUGUAUUGAAUGUUUACCGGGCACCUUCCAGAAUGGCACAAUGGACAUCCAGUGUACCCAGUGUCCAGAUGGCCAGUGGUCCCUGGUACGUAGCACCAACUGCACCGAGCCUACCUUUGACUUCCUGACCUGGAGCCAGCCUGAGUCUCUGGGGUUGCUGCUGGCCAUGCUGGUGCUGCUGGUCUGUCAGGGGGCUGUAGGGGUCCUUCUCCUGCAGCACCGGGGGUCUCCACUGGUGAGAGCCUCCGGGGGGGCCCUGGGUGGUGUGGCCCUCCUCAGCCUGAUGGGGAGCUGUGCCUGCCUGCUGCUGUUCCUGGGCCAGCCGGGGGAGCUGGUGUGUCGUCUGCAGCUGCCCCUCAGCUCUAUUUUCCAAACGGUCACCCUGUCCACCAUCCUAGCCAUCUCACUGCAGAUUGUGUACGUGACAGAAUUCCCUGGCAAGGCUCCUUUUCAUCUGGAUACACUGAGAGGCCCUGGAGGCUGUCUGCUAGUAUUGGCCUGCUGUGGAGUGCAGGCAGGGAUCUGUGGGUACUAUGUCCAGGAAGGGCCCUCUCUAUCCCAGUACCUGGCCAAGAUGAAGGUGACCUUUGUGAGGAAGUUCCUGCGAUGCCCUGUGGAACCCAUUUUAGGUCUGGGCCUGAUGCAGGGGUUCAAUGGCCUCCUCGCCCUCACAUCCUUCAUGUGCACCUUCAUGUCUGUGAAGAGCGUUCGACAGUACAACCUGGCCAGAGAUAUCACCUUCUCCACCCUGACCUACUGUGUGGUUUGGGUGGUCUUCAUCCCCAUCUACACCGGUCUGAAUGACAAAGACCGCUCCAUCGUUCAUGUGUCUGUCAGUUUUCUCAGUAACAUGGGGCUGAUGGUGGCCUACUAUCUGCCAAAAUGUCACCUGCUGCUGAAGAAACCUGAGCUCAACAGAGAAGAGCACUUUCGUACCUUCCUCGAGGAGGCUGAAGCAACUCCUCAGGAGGUGCAUGACCAGGGACCUGCAGAGGAAGAACAGGGAUCUGCAGGGGAUGGACAGGGAUCAGGGAAGGGACAGGGAUCAGGGGAGGGGCAGGGAUCAGGGAAGGCACAGGGAUCAGGGGAGGGGCAGGGAUCAGGGAAGGGACAGGGAUCAGGGGAGGAGCAGGGAUCAGGGGAGGGGCAGGGAUCAGGGAAGGGCCAGGGAUAA